CGGAGUAUCAACAGUACUCUCCACGAAAAGAAAGCUGUCCAGCACAUUUGGGGAUCACAUGCCGUUCCAUUGGACAAGAUGGCCGAGGUACCAUCUCGUAGGAAUGCCCCCAAACGCAAGGUCCGAGAAGUCUCUGAGGAUUCUCUCCCCCCAGCCAAGAAGAAACAGCUCGACGACGACUCGAACCAUGAAAGCACCAGCGGUAGACAACAUGCACACUCACACGGAGGUAAAAGAAAACCCUCCCAUGCUGCUCCAAAGGAACACAAGUAUCCCUCUGUCAAUGAGCUGAAGAGACGAAUCCGCGACGUUAAGCGUCUUCUCAACCGGGUCGAUCUGCCCGCGGACGCCAGAGUCGUACAGGAACGUGCACUGGCGGGGUACGAGAAGGAACUCCAAGAUGAGCUAAACAGACGGCAGAAGUCGGAGAUGAUAAGCAGAUAUCAUUUUGUUCGAUUUUUGGAGAGAAAAACCGCCACAAAGGAACUCAAACGGCUUCUUCGUCGUGAAAAGCAACUCCAGGACUCGAACAUGCCCUCCCCAUCUCGUGAAGACGAACUCAAGCAUCUCUCCCAACGAAUCCAUACCGCGCAAAUAAACCUCAAUUAUACGAUCUACUUCCCACUCACGGAGAAAUACAUCUCACUGUAUCCGAAUAAGAAGCUACGAAAAUCAACCACAGACGGUGACGACAGAGAGGAAGAAACCCAACAACAACAGAAGAAAGACGAUACGGGAGCAUCGGACUCGGAGACGCAAUCGAAUACUAAUACCAAUGAGACCCAUACUACCAAAGAAACAACUACUACGAAUGCAAAGAAUACAGACGAGAAACCACCCAUGUGGUAUGUAAUCGAGAAAUGCACGAAGAAAGGCCAGGAAACCCUCGACCUCCUCCGAGAUGGGAAACUGAAACUGAACUUGGAGGGCGAUAAUAGUACCUCCAACACGACAACUAUAACAACAUCAACAGUAAAUAAAAAGAAACAACAAGAAAGUCACAUAUCUGAGAAGAAAAAGAGGGAUGCACGUGCCGAGUCUGCGGCGAAACAGAAGAGCAGCAGUAGUAAAAAUACCCGGAACCGUGCUGAGAGGAGGAGGGAUGAUGCGAAACACGUGCAUAUCGGACAUGGUAAACAGAAGGAUAGUGACGAAGAGAGUGAUGGGGGCUUCUUUGAGGAGUGACAUGCUGGUUUUCUUGUUGAUCAUGUUGAGAAGCGAGGGAGACAGGGCUCCUGUAAAUACUUCAAUCAAAUAUCAUUUAUUCAGACAACCAUGUCGUUA